GUUUAAGAAAUAGAAAUGCAGAGGUGGUGUCUGGCGGUCUUCUCAGUUCUCAGUUUCCCCGCUCCUCUCCUCUCUUAUCAAAUCCCACAGAGGAAAACAGAAAGUGGAGCCAAAACCCAAGUGGCAGAAGGUUUGUAUACCAUUCUUUCCCACCGAAAAGUCUGUAAGUUUUUCAUGCAAUUAUAAUGUCUGAACUUUUGUACCUUAUAAUUAAAGACAGAUAAUAGAUAAAGACUUUUGCAAUUCGGUUCAAUGUUUGACUGGCCAAGUUUUUGAAAAGCUAGUGUAAAGUUAGGCGCUUUAUAUGCUCCUUAAUAUCAAUGCAACUUUUCGGUUUGGUCUCGAAUUGUUCUGCCUGUGUCUCGUGUAUUUGUAGAGGAACAUUAACUGAUUGAUAGACAAGAAGAAAUCCAAGAAUUUAAUAAAGAACAGGUUUUUACAAAUUGAUGUUGCAUUUUAAGUAAGUCUUCAUGGGUUUAUGCUGUUUUUUAUUCCUCAAUUUUUAAGUGGAUGAGUGAUGUUGAGGGAGUUUGAGAGUAAAUUCUUGUGCUCAGAAAGAGUGGGAUCUGAAUUUUCUGCUGGAGGCUACCGGAAGAUGUGUGGGAAUGAUACGGAUUUGAAGAGGAUGAAUGACUUAGCCAUUUGUGAGUGCUUAGUGUAUUUUGGUAACUGAAGUUACAUAACAUCUGUCAUUCUUGCUUAAUGUCACGGUUGUUGAUGUAAGAACCAAUUUGGCUAUUAAAACGUGCAAAUUUUGUAUGAGGAAUGAAGAAAAAACCCAAAUCAAACUGACUGUAUUUAGAGGUUUCUCAUUUUUAUAUCUCAAAGGGAAUAAUAGCCAGUUAAUUGCAAGACAUGCCCAUUGACAUCUACUGAGUUCACUUGGUUUUGGUGAUAAACUGUUGAAUGAGUCGCAAUCUUCUGAAGGUUCCUGAGGCAUGUCCAAAAUUACCAAGAAUGUUGCAGAAACAACUUGCAAUUUUAAGGAUUCAGCAUUGGUUUUGCAUUCCUAUGUUUUGAGAAACUGAUUAUUGAUUGAUUAGCUGCCAUCCUUUGUCUCAUCUGCUUGCUUGCUGAAUUGUAUAUAGCAGAAGUUUUGAAGCUAAAAAUCCUUUGUCAAAUGGCAUCUCAGUUUUGUAAUAUCUUUUUGACAUAGCAUCCAUUGAUUUCAUCUAUAUAUGAAGUAUAAGGGAGAAGAGAGCACAACAGUAAUGUAUACAGCAGAUGGUUCUUUAAGAAGUCAUUACUCCUAAAAAUUUGACAAUUUUCAACCUUUUUCUGAUACAAUGCAUUUAUUAUGUCAAACUUUCCAAGCGUUUGUCAGUGUCUUGUUUCUUAUUUAAGUCGGAAAUGUCAGUUUCAUGUUUCUGAUCGCAAAUGAUCUCAAUUGUUCUCUUCUUAUUACCAUCAUCAGGUGGGAAAGGAAAUCUUUUAGAAAUGAUCGAUCCCAUUCAUCAGUUCUUAUUCAUGAUUAUCUUCGUACUGAUGUGGUCAUUUUAGGUUUGGCAUGCAGGUUCUCCAUGAUAGCCAGGAAAAUACCAUCGACUGGCUAUCCUACAAGUUCCACAAUUCUUACUCCUAAAGACCCAAGAUCAAGCCCACCUGGUGUGUACCUUGGUCUUCGUGUUAAUAAAACUGCUUUUUCUUUUGGCAGAAUGCUCUAUCGUCAUUUCCCUCUCUCUCACCUGGCACGUCCUUCUGUAUUCAACAAUUUCAUGAGUUGGGAGUGGUCUAUUAGAAGCGCUGCAGAUGGUGACAGGCUAAAUUCUUCCCCUACAGAUGAUAGCAGCAGUGGAACUCGACUUGUUAGGGCUAUCCAAGCCAUUCGGGCCAAGUUAGAAACAAGAAUCAGGGAGUUAAGGAAGAAUUUCCCGAUGAAGUUACUCUUCUUCUUGGUGGGAUUUUACAGUGCAACCGCCUUUGCCACUGUUAUUGGGCAAACUGGUGACUGGGAUAUUCUAUCUGCUGCAUUAGCCGUUGCUGUAGUGGAGGGAAUUGGAGCUCUCAUGUAUAAAGCUUCUCUGCCUUUGAUUGGCAAGUUGAGGGGCUUAAUCAUCAUGUUUAAUUAUUGGAAAGCUGGACUUUCUCUUGGUCUUUUUCUUGAUUCCUUCAAGUACUAGAUCGGAGACAUCAGACUCUUUAUGAAGCCAGUCGCUUGACAAUUGGACAUAUUUCCACUCAUUGGGUGUUGUCAUUCUUGAUGAGGGCUAUUGAACUGGUUAUGCUCAAACAUAAUGAAUAAUCAGGAAGAUAUUUGGGAAGAUAGCUUGCAACCAACUGCCCUCAUUAUGGAAGGCGCUGAAUCCUGGUGGUAGAACAACUUGUCUGACAGUGUUUAAGUGUAGAUCUACAAGUAACGAGACAGUACAUUUUAAUCAGAAUUGUUGAAGUCACGAAUCAGAAGAAUGACGAUGUAGUUUGCCGUACAUGUGAAUCUCGCCUGUUUUUUCUCUGAAGUAUCAGUUUGGCAUACCUGAGGACAGGGACAAUUAUGAUUCACACAUCUGCAAUUUUCUUUCGGGCCAAGACUGAUGGAUUUUCUUUAGCUGGUGACUUCCUCUGCAAAUCAACAUGCAAGGUCCUGUGUGUGGUAGAGAUUUAAUGUCUUAAAGAUGAGUAUUUAUCCUGUGUCAGCCUUGGAAGGAGGCAAUUUUUAACUUUCAAAUCCAGUUUGGCUGGGAUAUGGGAAUUGAGGAGUAUUAUCAACAGCUUAACCUAUUCGUCCUCAGCCUCCAUGCAGAAAGGGUAGUCUAAGCCUAUAAAAUGAAAAAGGUGUAUAACGACAAAAUCCUUCUUUUCUUGUUGAAGUGUACUAUAGACAAUCAUUCAGUGCCGCGUGCAGGGUGCGACCACAGUUUGGUAGCUAGAAGCAGAUGAGCUCUGCCGAGUUCCAAGCUAGUUGUUUGAUUAGGCAUUGAUACUCACAGCAUGGAGGUGAAACAGUAACAGACCAAGAUGACGCUAGUACAGCUUUCAUCCCAUAUGUAAAUCGUAUGAUUUCCAGCAGCAGAGCUGAUACUGAUAGGAUCUUUUCUGGAACAUACAAUUACAAUAAAACUCGUUCGAUCUCCGCAAUUCUUUAUGUUCAACAAACUAUGAUUUUUUUCAAUAAAUUCAUCAUUAUUGUUUAACCA